UCCCAGCACGUCAAGCGUACGACCACGUCAGUGAAAUCGAACGGUGAAUUUUUUUUACUGUUGCAGCUCCGGUGGCACGGGUACCGGUCGUGGAAAGCAUAGUCCGAGUUGUACGUGCCGCUCUGCGGUAAGUCCACGCCAUCGCUAAUCAACGCACCUGUACACGCACUGACACCAGACGAACGACUUGGGGUCUGCAUUUUAGCAAACCUCCGGCGGUUCAUAGCACGAUAGCGUGCCAAACGGGCAACGGUGACAAGCAAUCGUGGGCUGUGGGAUCGAUUUCAAACGUGUGCUGGUUCCGAUUGUCGGUGAGUGGCCCUGGAACAAACGGGCCUUUGGAAUCGUAAAUAGCGAAGUGCCAACCUAGAGAGCAUCAUGGGUACACGUCACUGGCUGUGCACGGAUGGGCAAAGCACGGGUGGAAAGGCACUGCUCAUCACACUUGCUGUGGUGGCCUUAUUCGUGUCCGUUGCCAACAGUGCCGCCGUCAUGUCGGUCGAUCUCGGUAGCGAGUGGAUGAAGGUGGGUGUAGUUUCACCGGGCGUCCCGAUGGAGAUUGCCCUCAACAAGGAAUCGAAGCGGAAAACACCGACCACCAUCGCGUUCCGCAACGGGGACCGUGUGUUCGGUGAGGACGCACAAACGCUCGGGGUCCGUUUCCCAUCGAACAGCUUCGGCUAUUUGGUUGAUUUGCUGGGCAAAACGAUCGAUAAUCCGAUGGUAGAUUUGUACCGUAAACGGUUCCCGUACUACGAUAUUGUGGAAGACCCGGUCCGAAAGACGGUCGUUUUUCGCGUCGGAGAAGAUCAGUACACGAUCGAGGAGCUGAUCGCUCAACUGCUUCAGGUUGCCAAGAGUUACGCGGAAGAUUCGACCGGUCAGCUCAUUACCGAGUGUGUGCUGAUUGUGCCCGGCUUCUUCGGCCAGGCGGAACGUACUGCGCUCGUAUCGGCAGCGCGGUUGGCGAAUCUGAAGGUGCUACAGCUGAUCAACGAUUAUACGGCGGUGGCGCUGAACUAUGGCAUCUUCCGGCGGAAGGAAAUCAACGAAACGGCACAGUACUUCCUGUUCUACGAUAUGGGCGCGUACAAGACGUCGGCCGCCGUCGUUAGUUACCAGCUGGUGAAGGAUAAGGCUACGCGGGAAACGCACCCGGUCGUGCAGGUGCUCGGUGUCGGGUUUGAUCGUACGCUCGGUGGGUUGGAGAUGCAGGUGCGCCUUCGGGAUUACCUUGGCAAGGAGUUUAACAAGAUGGGCAAAACCAAGACGGACGUGUUCAGCAACCCGCGCGCCAUGGCCAAGCUGUUCAAGGAAGCGGGCCGGCUGAAGAAUGUGCUCAGCGCCAACACGGAGCACUAUGCGCAGAUUGAGGGUUUGCUUGACGAGCAGGACUUCCGGUUGCUGGUGACGCGCGAACAGUUCGAAGGACUGAACAAGGAUUUGUACGAGCGGGUAACGGCUCCGCUGGAUAAGGCGCUGGCCGCUUCCGGGUUAGCGCUGGACGUCAUCAACCAGGUGGUGCUGUUCGGAGGUAAUACACGCGUGCCGAAAAUGCAGGACAUCCUGAGUUCGCACAUCGGCCAGCCGCUGGCCAAGAACCUGAACGCGGACGAGGCGGCCUGCAUGGGUGCCGUGUACCGGGCGGCCGAUCUUGCUACCGGCUUCAAGGUGAAAAAGUUCAUCACGAAGGACGCCGUUCUGUUUCCGAUUCAGGUCGUGUUCGAUCGGGAGGGUGAAAGUGGUGCCAUGCGCCAGGUACGCCGUACGCUGUUCGGUGCAAUGAACUCUUACCCCCAGAAGAAGGUCAUCACGUUCAACAAGCAUACGGAUGAUUUCGAGUUUACGGUACAGUACGCGGAGCUGGAAUCGCUGCUGAAGGAUGAAGCCGGCACGCUCGGUUCGAUCGAGCUGGCUCGCGUUAAGUUGAGCGAAGUGGCGAAAAAGCUUAAAUCGAGCGUAGCCGAAAACGUGGAAUCGAAGGGCAUCAAGGCACACUUUAUGCUGGAUGAUUCGGGCAUCUUUUCGCUGGCGAACGUCGAGCUGGUGCUGGAGAAAACGGUCACCAAGGAGGAUGACGAGGACGAGAGCACAUUCCAGAAGAUUGGCAACACGAUCAGCAAGCUGUUUUCGGGCGAUUCAACCGACAAGUCGGAGAAGGUGACGGAAGGGGCGGAAAAGACGGAGGAAGACGAGUCAGCGGACGGUGGAAAGGACGCAAAGGAUGGGGAGAAGGAACCAGAAGCAGGGGACAAACAGUCCACGAAGGACAAGGAGGCUGACGCGGCGAAGGACACGAAAGCGGACGGCAAGGAAGGUGCUGCUGGUGCAGGAGAAGCUGGUAAAAAGCCGGAGGAAGGUGGUGCGGAAGCGAAGAAUGCCACCGCAAAGCCAAAGAUCGUGACACUGAAGGAGCCCAUCCCGUCCAAGGUGGAGCUGACGUACGUGGCCCCGCUGGACGGAGAUUUGUUCGAAGCGUCCGCCAAACGGCUCUCCGCGCUGGACGAGUUGGACAAGGCGAAGAAACGGCGCGAAACGGCCCUUAACGCGCUGGAAAGCUUCGUGAUCGAUGCGCAGGUGAAGAUGGACGAGCAGGAGUACGCUUCCUGCGCCACGGAGGAAGAGAUCGCCACCAUCCGGGCACGGUGCAGCGAAAUUUCCGAAUGGCUGUACGAGGACGGCACCGAUGCCGAUGCGGAAACGUACGAAACCAAGCUGGAGGAUCUGCGCGCGGUAGCAAACGAGGUGUACGCCCGGCACUGGGAGCACGAGGAACGGCCGCAGGCGCUGAACGCACUGAAACAGAUGAUUAACGGUUCGGAAGGGUUCCUGCGAAAUGCCCGCAAUCUCACGAAGGACAGCAACCCGGAGAAGGACGUGUUUACGGCGGUGGAGAUUGAAACGCUCGAAAAGGCAAUCCGCAACACGAUCGAGUGGCGCGAUACGGAGGUGGCCGAGCAGGAGAAGCUGGCGCGCAACGAGCCCGUACGGCUGACGGUGAAGGACAUUACCGAUCGCAUGGGAAUGCUCGAUCGUGAGGUGAAGUAUUUGGUGAACAAGCUGAAACUGUGGCGACCGAAGAUCAAACCAACCCCGCCCCCCAAGCCGGAGAAAACUACUGGCAAGGAGGGAGAGAAGGAGGAAGCAGCAGCGACCGGGGAGGAAAAACCAGUGGAAGAACCAGUGCUGGAACAGACGCCGGAAAAGGAUGGCACCACCGAAACUGAGCCGGAAGAACCGACCGUGGAGGAGAUCGAUCCGACUGCAACGCGCAAGGACGGCGAAGAGGGUGGAGAUCACACGGAACUGUAGAGCAGAGCGGAGAUCUAGGUUUAGCACAAUUAAGACACGGUAUGAUGGUGGUGGUCGUCUAGUGGUUCAGCCUGGUGCACACGGACACAUUUCAUUUGCAAAACAUCUUCACCCACCAUCCCACCACCUUCCCACAUCCCGUACACCAACGUACCACCCUCACUGACCGACCAAACUGGCCAACCCAGCCAGUGAACGCCCUGCUCUCGAUACAGUGAGUCCCGUAUUUAUUUUCCACAACCCAUUAGCGGAAUUUUCGUGGCAGCAUCAUCAGCAAAGUGCAAUAGACUGUAGGCUGCUCGGCAACGAUCACCACUCCAUGUAUGGGCGCACGCACUGACCACCGAUCGCUCAUUCCUUGCGUUUUUGCUUGCGAUCGAUGCGACUGAUGGUGAUUGAACUUGUAGUCCUUAAAGAUGCUAUUCGUAAGACGGGAGAUAGGAAACCAGAAAGCAAGUGGAAGGAACAAUAGUCAAAGCGCAAGAGGAGGUCCACCAGAACACCUGGUACUCGUUUUUGAAAUUGCAUGAACUGAAUCAAACGCCAUCGUUUGAAGGCCUUGUAGGCAAUUUGCGCAUAACAGUGGCGCAGUGGAAGUGUUUCUGUUUCUGUUUUUUUUUGUUUUUGCUCCUUUUUUGUUUAUGAGAUUGUGAUCGCGUGUGGUGAGUUCAGCAUCGGAGCAGUGGUGGAAAACCCGCCCAAGGACGAAAAGAGGAGAUCAGAUAAUAGACUACCACAGCACAAUCGACAUUACUCUUAGUAACGCUGCACUAGGAAGCGAGGGUGUGUGGUGUGCGGUGGUAAUCGCGCGGUAAUCGACACGUCAGCAGAAGAAGAAUGGUGAUAAAGUAUAGCGAACUUAAGGAUCGUA